AUUUGAGAGUAGCAGCGAGGUAUUAUUAGCCAAAAACCCGAAGCGCGGCACUUGAGACAUCCAGAUGUUGCGUUUGAGGCACCAAGCGAAGUCGGGCGGUGUACGCCUACAACUUGUUUCCACGCUGAAAACAAACUUUCAUACAUUGCUUUCCCGUUCACCAACAGUGAUGGAAGCUGACAUGCUCGGUUAAAGGAAGAGAAGCUGAGGCUGUUAAACAUUUUCACGCCACUUUUUUCCCCUAAUUUUUUCUUUCUUUAUUUUUUUUUUAAAUCUGUUUGGACAAAGAGGAUAUUGAGGAGGACGUAGAGGUUACAACAAAGCCUCAUCUAACUGCGCAGUUUGGACGUUUAAACCUCAUUGAAAUGUCUGUGUUUCUACGCCGGGUUGGAGUCAGAUAGUCCAUCAGGCUGAUACUUAAGCUGCAGAACCGUUUAAAACUAUAUAUUAUUAUUAUAUAUUAUUAUACUAAUAUUCCCUAUUUUGUGAAUGUGUUUGGGACAAGUGGGGCAUCAUGGCUUUUCUUCACUUGCUCCUGUGUGCCGGGAUGAUAUCACUGCCGAUGUGUGGAGCUUUUUUCAGCGGACCUUUACAUCCGGAGAUGUCUAACGGCACUUUUCAUCAUUAUUUCGUGCCGGACGGUGACUACGAGGAUAACGACGACCCAGAGAAAUGCCAGAUGCUUUUCAAAAUGACCGACGAGCGAAAGUGCGGUCUCUCCGAGGACCACGACGCCGUCAUACGGGAUGAUUUCACCAUUAUCAAGAGGCAGAUUGAGGACUCGGCCAGGGUGCUGGAGGGGAUCGGGAAAAGCAUCUCGUACGACCUGGACGGAGAGGACAGCUACGGGAAAUAUUUGCGGAAGGAGACGGCGCAGAUAAGCGAGGCGUUUACAAACUCGGAGAAAUCUCUGCUGGAGCUGGAGGUGAAAUUCAAGCAGAGCCAGGAGAGCGAGCUGAAGGAGGAGCACCGGCUCAACGACGACUUUCUUAACAUGAUAGUGCACACGCGGGACGUCCUGAAGGACACGUUGGACAUUUCUCUGGGACUGAAGGACAAGCACGAGCUCCUGUCUCUGAUCAUCCGCAGCCACGGCACGAGACUGAGCAGACUGAAGAACGAAUACAUGAAGUUCUGAAAGAAAAUAGUUCCUGCACGUCUCCUUACAGUUUUAUUUUUAAUGGUGGAGUAUGGUCAUGAGGCAGGGGUGAGGAAAUUUGAGCGAUCAUAUCAGGGAUUAAAAAAACAAAACAAAGCUUCAAUUAAAUUACAAAAACCCCAUAUUUUCUCUUUAACUCUGGAGCAGUCGUUCCCAACUUGGGGGUUGGGACCCCUCCAAUGGGUCAACAAGAUGAUUUAUGGGACUUUUCUCUCAUCUUUGCUUUUUUUUUUCUUGUAAAAUACUCACCUUUUUGCUGUUGCUGAAAAUUACUCAAACGAAACAAAUCUGAGCAGUUUGGAAGGGGAAUCUGUCUCAGUUGCUCACAACUCAGACAUAUGAGACAUAAACGUUCGGGAACCACCGCUCUAGAGGUGUGUAGCCGUGCAGAUAGUUUUGGUUGAAUUUGCCCAGGUUUUGUGAUAUGUCUGGACAAAGACGGCAGCUGCCCCAGACCCCCAAGGGCCCCAAGGGCCCCAAAAGCCCAACAUUUACCUUGUCAGUUGUUUUGGUAAUUUGGUUAUUUGCACAUUAUGUUGCCAAUUUACACUACUAAAGUACAAUAUCAACUAUGAUGGGUCCUGCAUUAUCGGGUCCUGUUUUGUAGAGGGGCCAUGUGUCAGUUUUAAGACCUUUUUUUUAAAAUUAAUUUAGUUUAUAUCGUUCUCAAUGAAGUUGUGUUCCAAAAAAUAAAAAUGUAACACUGUGAGAAACACAAACUGUUCCAUUUAUAUCCAUUGCAGUCAUGGCAGAAAUCUCUGAGAGGGAUACAAACUUGGGCAUAUAAAACCAAAACUAUCUCUUAGCAAGUGGGAAGUAAGAAAAUGUGGUGUUUUGAGCUUUGAGUCUGUCUGUUGGACUGUAUCUGACACCAACAAUCUUGCUUCUUCUUUUUUUUUCUUUAAAAAAGACCAUGAGGGGUGGGCAAUAUGGAUAAUAACCUUUCACAGUAUAUGUAAUUUUAUGACAGUAUUGUGAUAAAUUUUCUGGAAAAAGCCGAUUCAGAAAUUGUUAAUGGAUAAAAACAAAACAAAGGAAUGUCUGUUUUUGGCUGAUCCAGCAAACUAAAUACCUAACAAAUCAAAGUACUUCAUCAUAUUGAUGCAAAAGAUCAUUUAAAAAUCCAAUAUUGCCAUAAAUUGGUCCUGCUCAGUGAUUUGCAAUACAGCCAGAGAUAUUAAAGAGAUAGCUACCGCAGUAUAAACGCUAUGGCAAAAUCUAUAUAUCUCAAAUGUAUAUCAUCUGACUGUAUAAAUUGUCAUUGCCCAGUCCUACAGACCACUGUAAUAGUCAAGCAUUACACACCAUAAAACACACAAUUACAUCACUAUAUUUAAAAACAGCAGAAUACAAAAUAACAGAUUUUCCAAUAAAUAAUGUAUGUUAAUGGUAGCUGAACUUUAUCCGUCCAGCAAUCAAUACACCAAAAAUGCCUCUCUUCUUGCUAUAUGGUCAUUUUUGGUUAGUGCAUUGAAUUUACCUGAAAACGUCUGUGUGUGUGUCUGUGUAAAAGGAAAAAAAAAAAAAACGACGGCUUCAAACAUGAGUCAGCCAAUCAAAAACGUGAGAAUGGGAACUAUCAGUUUUCUAAACAUAAGUAGGCCUACUGUCGUCAGAUGAAGAGGUUUCCAAAACUCACUGAGUCAUCUGUGAGAGAAAAAUGCAGUGAUUGUAAAUUUUGGACACGUUGGAAAGCUUAUGUGUCAAUGUCCAUCUUCAUUAGUUAAUGCUAUGUGUUUGGUUUCAUUUUGACCCCAGAAGUUGAAUAAGUGAGUUUUGGGUAACUCUUCAUAUAGCAGGGAAGCAGUUGACAGGGUGGUCCUCGUAGUAGCCGGGUUGAAAGCUCCUAACGUGAGCAGCCUUUAUCGUUGCUCUUCUCUGACACUCCAGAUGAAUGUUUCUAAGAAUAUCAAAGAAUGUUUACAUAUGGACACCUAUCUGUAUUAUAUUUUUUUUGCUUUAUAGGCUAGCAGACUUUGCACAAUUCUUUACUGUCCCUGUGCUAAAGGUUGUGACAUGGUUUAAAAUGCAAGGCCUUUACUGUGCUGUUCUGCACAGGCGGUAUACUCUUGGAAAAUGUACAGUGUAUUAUUAGAAGUAAGUAAAUACUGUGAGUGCCAAUAUCUUUAUUACAGAACACCUUAAUAUGUAUUCAUUGUUUAUAUAAAGUUUUGAAAUAGAGCAGCAUAUAUCUAUUCUUGUUUACCUUUUUUAAGAUAUGUGGUGAUGUAAGACUGCAGGCAGCACUCGUGGACUUCAAUGUCAAACCUUAAUCUGUGUGACAACAUUCUUAACAGAUUGUGUUGUGUCUUCUCAAAUAAAGAGUUUGUGUUUGAA